AUGCAGACCAAGCAUUUCAUCGACGAUCCUACUCACCUGGUCCACUCGGCCUUACACAGUUUAACCCUCACAAACCCUUCCCUUUCUUUGGACCUAGAAAAUAAAAUCGUGUAUCGCAAACCUACAAAAGACUCGUUGAAGGAACCGAAAGUCUCCAUUAUAUCUGGAGGAGGCUCUGGUCAUGAGCCUGCAUUUGCCGGUUUCGUCGGAAAGGGCUUCCUCACUGCUGCUGUCGCCGGCACAAUCUUCGCCAGCCCCAGUGCCGAAGCUGUCCGACGUGCUGCGCUUUCGAGGGUCCCAACGGAGAAAGGCAUCGGAAUCUUUACUUUUUCGUAUACGGGAGACAUCCUGAACUUCGGACUGGCGGCGGAGAAAGCAAAAGCCGCAGGGAUCGACACCGAGUUCUAUGCGAUCGGCGACGAUGUUGGUGUGGGCCGGGCGAAGAGUGGAAAGGUGGGAAGACGAGGGAUUGGAGGCUCCAUCUUGGUCCUGAAGAUCGCAUGUGCACUUGCAGAGGCGGGUGGAAGUCUGGCGGAGGUCUACAACUUGACGAAGCAGGUUGCCGGGAAUCUGGUGUCUGUUGGAGCCUCAAUGGAGCACGUCCACGUCCCUGGCCGCGCCGCGCCUGAUCCGAACUCCGAUGAGAUCGUCCCAACUGAAGAGAUCGAGAUUGGAAUGGGUAUUCACAAUGAGCCGGGCAGUCAUCGCGUGUCUGCAACGCUGCCGGAGCUGGUCAAGACCAUGUUGGCCCAGCUGCUCGAUCCGAACGACACGGACAGACACUAUGUGGACAUCACGAAGAAGGACAAGGUGGUGCUGCUGAUCAAUAACUUAGGUGGCGUCAGCAAUCUUGAGAUGGGUGGCAUCGUUGCCGAGGUCCACCAACAGCUUAAACAGAAUUGGGAGAUCGUGCCAGUGCGAGUUAUUUCAGGCACCUUCAUUACCUCGCUGAACGGGCUGGGCUUUUCUGUCUCCCUACUCAAGCUGGAAGACACUGGCCUUGGAGAGGGCAAGUCCAUGCUCGAACUCCUUGAUGCCCCUGCCGAGGCUGUCGGUUGGGCGGCAGCAAUUCAGACAUCGACGUGGGAGGCCGACAACACCGGAACGAUGGAUAAAUCGAUUGAGUCAGGCGAGGCUAAACCCAGCAAGUUGACCAUCGAUCCUAAACAGGCACACGCCGUUCUCAAGGCAGGGCUGGACACCCUCAUCGCUGUUGAGCCAGACGUCACCAAGUUCGAUACGAUUGUUGGCGACGGCGACUGUGGCAUCGGCCUGAAACGGGGCGCUGAGGCUGUUCUCGAAGAGCUUUCGUCAGGGGAUUUGCCCACCGAUGCAGUUGCAUUCGUUAACAAGAUUGUCCCAGUCGUCGAGAACCACAUGGACGGGACGUCGGGCGCCCUCUACGCCAUUUUCCUAAACGCCCUGGUCCAUGGCCUCCGAGAACAAGACACCGGUUCCUCACGGGCGGUAGAUGCACCGAUCUGGGCCGCCGCACUGAAAUCCAGUCUCCAAGCAUUGGGCAGAUAUACGCCGGCAGUUCCGGGUGACAGAACCCUGAUGGACGCACUGGUCCCGUUUAUUGACACCCUAAGCGGCACCCACGACGUCAAGAAGGCCGCCGCUGCUGCUAGAGAGGGGGCAGAGAAGACGAAAAGCAUGAAGGCUAGCCUGGGCCGGACAGUCUAUGUGGGUUCGGAGAGCGAAUGGAUUGGUAAGAUACCCGAUCCCGGUGCCUGGGGCCUGCAAGAACUACUGGGUGGACUUGCUGGUGCUCUUUAG